GUCUAUCACACCUCAAUCAUCUCUGUUUCUCUGACUUGAUAGCAAUACUGUACUACCCCGCCUGCAUCCAUAGUUUACCUACAUUUUCAACAUACGCAAACAAGCUGUACACCAUGAGCCUCGCAGACGCUAACCGUCAAUACUUUGAUUCCAUCUCGGAUACUUACGAUGCCAAACCCUGGUUCGCAACAGUAAACAACCAGGUCGCUGAAGCCCUGCGCGGCGAUUUAUCUUGGAUUGGUAUCCCGUUUGUCAAUGUGUCCGCUGAAGGACAAGCGAGCGCAGGUACUGAACAGGUCCGAAUGUUGGAUUAUGCUUGUGGCACGGGAUUGAUGACAAGGAUAUUUGCCCCUUACAUCACCCACACAACCGCCAUCGACAUCUCCCCAAACAUGAUCUCAACCUACACCUCGCGCUUCGCCUCCGCCAACCCACAACCCCUCACCAUCACCACCGCAGUCGGCAACCUCUUCGACAAAUCCGACCCCAAUCCCUCCUCCUUGGACGCAUCAGAGUUCCGCGACUUCGACCUCGCAACUGUAGGCUUCGGGUUCCACCACUUCGAGGACGUAGUGUAUGCCGCGAAGCAACUCAAGGGGCGAUUGAGACCGGGCGGUGUCCUGGUUAUUAAUGAUUUCCUUGAGGGGGGAGAUGUGUUGGCGGAUGACGAGGGGAAGCCGGUCGAGGGGAGUCAGGGGAAUCAUGCUGUGCAUCAUCAUGGUCAUGGUCAUGGCCAUGGUCAUAAACACGACCACUCGUCUCAUUCCCACAAGCAUGAUCACAGCCAUGGGGCGACCGAAAAACACGACUCUAGCCUCCACAAGAAAAUGGCUGCUUCAAUAGUGGUACCACACUUCACUAUAGAAGGUGUGCGACAAUUCUUCUCAGAAGCGGGUUUCGUUGAUGUGGACGUCAAGACUAUGAAGGAGAAGUCGUACAUGGAAUUUGGCGGCAAGAAAAUGUGGCGAACGAUUUUGUUUGCACGGGGAAGGAGACCAGCUGGUGACAAUGGCAAGGAAAAGAGUGAGUUGUGA